ACCCACUCAAACCAGAACCACCCCCCGCCCUCCCCGCAACCACACAAAUGCGGGAAUCAUAGCCAGUGGAUCCGCUGGUGCUGAAUGAAUGGAAGUGCGGAGCGGGCCUGCGCGCGCGGCCGCCCUCCCCACGAUGCUGUCUCCCCGCGGCCUGUAGGGCCCUUGCUGGCCCCUCGCCCACCUCCCGCCCCGGGCUGAGGCUGCCGCCGGUUCCGCGCCCAACGCCGAGGCAGCGGCGGCGACGGGUAAGGUCGGAGGGAGGGUGGUUUCCUCCCGCCCCACACCCAGUCUCCGAGCCGGAUAUAUAGAGUGUCACGUUUGGGAGCAGAAAGACCGGAGCUGUUUCCUUGUGCCUGGAGCGCUUCCCGUAGCCUCGGGGAAGGAGCAGGAUUUAGAGGACCACUAGUUGAACCCCAUCCUCGUGCUGGAGGAACAGGAACCUCUUUCAGGAUCUAUAAAAGAAAGGGAGGAAUCAUGUCCAUGAUCGCAGCUUUCUAUGGCGGCAAGUCCAUUCUCAUCACGGGGGCCACAGGCUUCCUGGGCAAAGUGCUGAUGGAGAAGCUGUUUCGCACCAGCCCGGACCUGAAAGUCAUUUAUAUUCUUGUGAGGCCCAAGGCUGGCCAGACACUCCAGCAGAGGGUUUUCCAGAUCCUAAACAGUAAGCUAUUUGAGAAAGUCAAAGAAGUUUGUCCAAAUGUGCAUGAGAAGAUCAGAGCUAUUUAUGCAGAUCUCAGUCAGAAUGACUUUGGCAUCAGCAAAGAGGACAUGCAGGAGCUUCUCUCCUGUACAAACGUCAUCUUUCACUGUGCAGCCACUGUACGCUUUGAUGACACUCUCAGACACGCUGUGCAACUUAACGUCACUGCCACCCGGCAGCUCUUGCUUAUGGCUAGUCAGAUGCCAAAGCUGGAAGCGUUUAUACAUAUCUCUACUGCCUAUUCAAAUUGUAACCUGAAGCACAUCGAUGAAGUUAUCUAUCCGUGCCCUGUGGAGCCAAAAAAAAUCAUUGAUUCCCUUGAGUGGUUAGACGAUGCUAUUAUUGAAGAGAUUGCACCCAAGCUGAUCAGAGAUUGGCCCAAUAUUUACACCUACACCAAGGCCUUGGGAGAAAUGGUGGUGCAGCAAGAGAGCAGGAACCUGAACAUUGCCAUCAUAAGGCCCUCCAUUGUGGGAGCAACUUGGCAGGAGCCUUUCCCAGGUUGGGUUGAUAAUGUAAAUGGACCUAAUGGACUCAUUAUUGCGGCUGGGAAAGGGUUUCUUCGGGCCUUAAAAGCUACUCCAAAGGCAGUGGCAGACUUAAUUCCAGUUGAUACAGUCGUCAAUCUCAUGCUAGCUGUAGGAUGGUAUACUGCAGUUCACAGACCUAAGUCAACAUUAGUCUACCACAGUACAUCUGGUAACCUCAAUCCCUGCAAUUGGCACAAAAUGGGAGUCCAAGUCUUGGCAACCUUUGAAAAAAUCCCAUUUGAGAGAGCUUUCAGGAGACCAUAUGCUAAUUUUACCAGCAACAACUUCACAUCCCAGUACUGGAAUGCGGUCAGCCACCGGGCCCCUGCCAUCAUCUAUGACUGCUAUCUGCGGCUCACUGGAAGGAAGCCCAGGAUGACAAAGCUCAUGAAUCAGAUUUUAAGAACUGCUUCCAUGUUGGAGUAUUUCAUCAACCGGAGUUGGGAAUGGAGCACAUACAAUACAGAAAUGCUGAUGUCUGAGCUGAGUCCUGAAGACCAGAGAGUAUUCAACUUUGAUGUGCGCCAGUUGAACUGGUUGGAAUACAUUGAAAAUUAUGUUUUGGGAGUUAAAAAAUACUUAUUGAAAGAGGAUAUGGCUGGGAUCCCAGAAGCAAAGCAACACUUAAAAAGGUCCUGCACUCUAUACUCUACCCUGUAACAGUUUCAUUUAGACUUCACCACACCUCUAUGAGGCAAGUAUUACUUUUGUUAUUCCAUUUUUAUGAAACAGAUGUUUAGAUUUAAACACAGCAAAUAACUUGCCCAUGGUAAUGCACAGUAAGUCUAAGAGACAGAUUUGAACCCAAAUUUGUUUAUUCUACCACACUCUGUCAUAAUGGGAUAUAAAUACCCAUCAGGCAGGAGACCUGGUUAUGCUAUUAACCUAGAAAAAAGUCCCUCGUCAAUUUUUUUCAACUACCUUAAAUUUCUUUCAGUCAUAAUCCCUGAGGGACAAAAUUCUAGCACUCUGGUAUAAUCCUGGUAGAAGCAGAGGACUGUAGUGCAGAGAUGAUAAGGAUAGAAAAGUAGCUUGCACAACAGGAAGGAGGAACCUUGAAUAGCAAGCCAAGAACUUUAGAAUUUACCUUCUAAUGAACAAGAACCAGUGAAGAUUUAUGAUGCAGUAACAUGAUCAAAGUAUAUUUACAAGAUUAUGCUACUCAUGCUUGUAAAUAGUUUCAAAUGGAGAGCGGUAUAAGAGAAAUGAGUUAGAGAAAUAUGGUAGAAAUCUGACUAUUCAGCAAGAAUGCUGCGGAAAUGAAAGAUGCAAAAACCAAAAGGCCAAGUUAUGCCAAAUACUCUGUGAGCACUACAUUAAUACUUGCCAGUCAUAGCCAGGAAAACACACAUUUAUCUUCAGAUAAUGUGGUUGGGUAUCUGGUAGUUUUAACUUUGGUUAUAUCUGUCUCUUCCCUAGGCUCCGAAAUAUUCACUACCUCUUUAAUACUGCCCUCUUCCUAAUCGUCUGGCGCCUUCUCAUUGCAAGAUCUCAGAUGGCUCGGAAUGUCUGGUUCUUCAUUGUAAGCUUCUGUUAUAAAUUCCUCUCCUACUUCAGGGCAUCCAGCACGCUCAAAGUUUAAGAACAUUUCACCAUCGCUUUUUAUCUGGAACCUCUCAGAUACCUCUAAAACAGCAAACUGUGAUCCUCAAGAUUAGAAAGUAACAAGGAAUAUGCCCAAACUGUCAAUGUCACCUUUUAUGUAUUCAUCCCUAUUCCUUAACUAUAUAUUUUUAUUUCAGUGAGAGAAGGAUGUAAACUAGCCCAGUCACCUACAUUUUAGGGAAAAAAAUCCAAAUUGUUUCCUAACAUUCUAUUUUAUGCCCUUGCGUAUUAAACGUGAAAGUACUCCCACUUUUCUAUAUUUAGCUUUUCUUUUCUCCCUGAGAGGAUUCAUUUAAAAUCAGUAAAUAUGGAAAGAUGCAUGGCAGAAGUUGAAAAGAACUCAAGCAGUACUAACCUUGGAACCAUUCUGGGUACCCAAAAGAAAAAUUUUAAAUCAAGAUGAGUAGAAGGAGAAUGAUCUCAAUAUCCUCAAAAAUGAAGUAAGAGAAGUAAUUCCCCACUGAAAAUGUCUCUCCUUGUUAUACCUUGGAGUCUUGGUAGGUGGGGGAACCAGAAAAGUAGGUUUACAUUUAACAUUUUUCUUAACUAUAUUCACUUCUUUAAAAGGAAAAAGAAGUGUAAAUAAGUAUGUAUAGAGUGAGGGAUUAAGCGUAUUUGCAUUGGGGACUCAUGUAUUAUGCUUUUAAGUCAAAAUUGAUAUUCUCAAAUUUGAAUUUGAUAGCCAUUCUUAAUCUUUUUAAUCCUCAAUUUUCUUGGUAACCUUCUUUCAAGAGUCUCCUUCUAAAAGUUGCCAAACCCUUUAUAUUUAAUCUUUUCCCACUCAGGACUCAAUUUGAGUGGUUAACAGGGAGAGGGAUGGUCCCAUUUGAUCUUUGCCACUGAGCAAAACAAAACUUCAAAUGAACUUUUAAACUGUAGCUUCUGGUAUAAAGUGGGGAAGAUUGCACUUAACGUGAUCCCCAGAGGAUUUACUAGUAUCGUGAUCAUUCCACCUGCACAACGUUAACUGUACCACAUACAGCAGCGAAGUGAAUAGACUCCACUAAGGGACUCUUCAGUUUAGGAAAUAGGUUUUGUUUUCUUAAAAAUAUUUUGUGUAUAAUGCAAACUAGUGAAAACUAUAUAUAUUCUCCAAUUCCUAUAGUAAUAAUGUAACUUACGCCAACUUUCCUCAUAUUUGAGAGAUGAGUACAUUGGAUUGCAGCAUUUCUUCAUGUUAAAAACAUGGAAUAUUACUCAAAUACACUAUUUGGGGCCUAAACAACUAAAAUUAGUCACCACAUAACUAGCUGAAAACGACAUAGGCAUAAAAUGUUAACAACGAAUGGCAGUUAUAUUUAUGCUCACUGGGCAGUAUCUUCCCCAAUCUCAUGGAAAUUCUGGGAAAGACUUUCCAUAGCAGACAACCCAGCUCUGACACUAAGCACCUGGUGAUCUUUAGUUUGAGAUGUCUAUAUGGUACUUUUGAGUUAUAUCAAUUAAGAUACAAGCUAUAGAUAUGGUAAAAAUAUGAAAUCAAGAUAUAGCUCAGCGGGACUGGAUUGACAUAAUAGUUCUAAGAAUUCACUUUUGAUUGUAUGUUUCACCAAUUCAAUAACUCCACUAAUCAAGUAUCCACAUUUUGACUUUUGAUUAAAUAAAAAUUUGAAUUAAAA